AGAGAAGCUCGCGGGAGGCGCAGCUCGCAGCGCACGGCUCGGUUUUGUUUUGGUCCCCUUCGGCCCGGCCGCUCCGCUCCGCAUCGCCCGCAGUGCCUUCCGAGCUCGCGCCUGGCCAGAGUGUCCCUGCCGCGCCGCCCGGGAGUGUUUUGGGGCUCCGCUCGCGCCCAGCUCGCGCCCCCCCAAGUACCAGGAUGCGUGUGUUGUGCGUCGUCGUGCUGCUGACGGCGUUGGCUUUCGCCGCGGCCGCCAAGCAGCGGGUCCGGAAAUUCGACGGAGACUUCGAGUUUGCCGAAGAGCGACGUGGUGAUCCCCCGGUCGAGACUGCCGUCGUCGACCGCCUCACCGUCCGGCUCCGCCUCGUCCGAGGAUGAGUUCUACGAUAGCGAGGACGACGAGGAAGAGGAUGACACCAGCGAGUCCAUCACCAACUGCUCGCCGUGCCCCGUGGUGCGGCCCACGUUCCUGUGCGGGGCCGACAACCGCACGUACUCGUCGCUGUGCCGCCUGGACUACCACAACUGCAUCCACGCCACGGCCGUGGGCGUGGCCUGCAAGGGCUUCUGCCCCUGCAAAGGGCGAGGACAAGGACAAGCAGCGCGUCUUCAACGAGGUGCUGGAGGGCAAGCCCAGCUCCGAGGAGCGGCCCGUGACCGGGGGCCCCGCCGCCGCCGCCGCCGAGUGCAGCCCGUCGCAGCUGCAGAGCAUGGGCGAUCGCAUGCUGGACUGGUUCUCGGUGGUCAUGGCCGACGCCGCCACCCGCCGCCGCCCCCGACAGCGGUCCUCCUCUAAAGCCAACUUCCCCGGCGCCUGCCAGACCGAGGUGCGCUGGAUGUUCGGCCACCUGGACCGUGACGCUGACCAGCGGCUCUCCCUUCACGAGCUGUACGGUCUCGAGCACGACCAAAGCGAGAAGUGCAUGAAGCCGUUCCUGGACUCCUGCGACACAGACCUGGACGUGUUUGUGAGCCCCGACGAGUGGUGCCGCUGCUUUGAGAAGACGGAGCGGCCGUGCGAGGCCGUCAAGCGAGGCAUGUCCCCCAAGGCUCUCCGAGAGGUGUACGUUCCGGACUGCGACAAGGAUGGCUUCUUCCGCCCCGUGCAGUGCGGUCCGACGGGCAACGUGUGCUGGUGCGUGGACAAGCACGGCGUCGCCGUGGCGGGGACCCGCAUCUUUGGCAAGCCCUCGUGCGACGAGGUGCUCAACAAACCCAACAAGGCUCAGCCCCAAUCUCAGGACAGCAACCAGCUCCACGAGGACAGCGACGACGACGAGGACGACGACGACGAUUCGGACGUAGAGGGCAGCGCGGACCAGCCCCUUGACUUCUAGGUCUGUUCCGUGCAAGAGCGUCCGCUGGAGGUCGCGGAGGUGUUGCCGAGGUACAGGUGCGCGUACCUGGGUGUGGAACCGGACGCACUCGUUCGGUCCCGUAGCAGCCGUCCGAGCGCCGAGACCAGGCCUGCCCCCGCCACGCCACGCCGCGCCGCGACGCCGUGUGCCCGGCCCUAGAGGGAAGUCCGGGGCCCAGUGCGGGGUGCGGGGGCGAGGACAGGCCUGUCGCCCUGGGGGGCCUGGGGGGCGCCCAUUCAACAACUCACCACUCCAUAUUUUAACUGUACAUGUUACGUGCUUGUGUUACGCACUGGGGAGCCAGGCUACCAUAGCAGCAGUGUGUUUGAUGACCCUUUUUUCGUACUAUGUAUUUCCUGCGUUUAGAUUAUUUAUCCCUUUUUUCUCCCUAUCCGUGGGAGCAUCAAUGCGGCGCAUGAGAAACGUAAUAAAUCCAUUCUGCUCAUCUAGCAAUCUAAGCCUUUGUAUCUAUUUCUACCACGCAGUGUAACUAUUAGUUGAAACGUAAUGUGUUUGAUCUUAGAGUAAUUUUUAGGCUGUGUUGAUGUGUCCACAGUCUUUUAUGUUGUUAGAUGUGAUGAGUGAGUCCAUUUUAUUUCCAUGUUUAAUUUUUAGUGACACUCUUGUGAGAUACGUGUGGUCCUUGCAAGGUUGGCAUGCAAAGACUUUGAAUACUCCUAGGCCAUGCAAGUUUAUUAAUGUAAGAGCAUGCCUCUUGGUAGUGCAGCAGGAAGAGAAGAAAAGCAGCUAUUUCUCUUAAUGUGAAGUGAACUGCUAAGGAGGGAGUUUAAUGGUUAAAAGAAUGUUGUAGGGUAUACAUUACAUUCCGUACUUUAAAAAAAUCUGUGUGAAUUUUCUACACUCAUUUGCUUGAUGCUUGGUGGGCUGGAUGCCUUUCCCAUGUACUUAUGUACCUUUAGUGUCCUAUUACUUAACAAUAUGCCAGCAUGCUCUUGUCUCACUUAUCGUACGUCAUCUGUAAUAUUUUUGUAUUUCAACUUCAUUCCCUUGUGCUUCGGACAGUUCUAUCAAAUUAGGACACUGUUAUUUUUUAAAUGUUCUGUAUAAUAUGUUUAUUAAUAUUUGUUGUGUGAUUUAGAUGUUUUAAUACUCUUAUUUUGUUAAUUUCUCUCAUUCUUAUUGUAAAAUGUCAUAGACACCGACAUUCAUUGAACAAUUGUUUGUGAUUACAGUGUAUGUAUUUAUCUGUCCAUUUCUCCUCAAACUGCCCUGGGAGUCUAUCUAUGUGAGUGUCAUAGUUGUCUUGUAUGAUAUUUGACAGUUUCUUACUAUGUAUUAUAGUGGGUGUAUAGUUGGCUUUUCUGGAAUGACACCACAUACACUAGUAGCCAACAAAUUCUUUUUAUGCCUUCUAAGCCCAUGUAGAGCAUAGGCACUUCUGUACACAUAAUUUAAAAUAUUCCCUCAACUGGCAAUCUUUGUUUUUUACAAAAAAUCGACAAAUUUUAAAGUGAGAUUGCAAGGCUUGCCCAAGUUUUCGCAAGCAUUAUAACAUCGAGUCCUAGGCAAUUAAAUUCAAAACUCCAUAUUGAUAAAUAACAAGCACAAAUUUAUAGUGUACUUUGUUUAACCAGUGCCAUUUGUAUGUGAUUGUAAAAUUAAAUUGGGGAAAUGCAAUAUUCAAUGUUGCUGAAAAAAAUCAUGUUAAUGGCAUAUGCCACAUAGCAUGAAACUGAAUACAUAAUAAAAAAUGAAUGUCACAA